AUUAUACUCUACUCUCCUUUCAUGGAGGUAAUAAAGUGAAAUGUUGACGGUGACAGCUGACGAUUUCCAGUUUGUCAUAUGAUAUUAGAUAUAUUAAGAUAUUUAGUUAUAUAGAUGCAGCAGAUAGUCCUUUAUUUCAAGAUCUAGAGAAACUUGAUAUUUAAGAAAAAAACAUUAAUAUGAAGAAUGUUCAGCUUUAUUAAGAUUUGAUCGAUAUGGCAGAUUCUCAAUUGCUCUCUGCACACAAAUGGAGGAACCUUGCUGGUUUCUGGACUCUGGGACUAUGUAAUAACUUUGCCUAUGUGAUUAUGCUGAGUGCUGCACAUGACAUCCUGAAAGAUCAAGAAGAAAAAACCCAGAAGGAUGAGAAUAUCACAACUACUCCCACCUCAACUAACGUGACAUACUUAGAAUGUAAUGAAAUCUCCACAGGGGCAAUUUUAUUGGCAGACAUCAUUCCAACUUUGGUGAUUAAACUGACUGCACCAUUUUUCAUUCUUCAUAUAAGUUAUAAAGUACGUGUUUUGGCAUGUGUGCUGUUUUCUCUGGCCAGUUUUUUGAUAGUGUCCUUUUCCACUGGAAUAUGGAUGAGUAUAUUAGGAGUUGUUUGUGCCAGUAUUAGUGGAGGUCUCGGAGAAACCACUUAUUUUGGAUUCUCCUCUUACUUUGAAAAAAAUGUGAUCUCUGCGUAUUCAUCAGGAACAGGUGGUGCUGGGAUAUUUGGUGCUCUCUCGUACGCGGGUCUAACAUCAGCGGGUCUGUCGCCUCGGACGACAUUACUUGUAAUGACCAUCAUACCUGCUCUUAUGUUUAUAAGCUUCUUCUUUGUGAUAAAGAAACCAAACAAAUUUUAUCAGAAGGAGUACAUAGUUAAAUACAGCGAAGACACUAGUAGCCUGUUAAAGGACUCUGAAGAUGCAGCUGAUAAGAUAAAAAGAAGACUCACAAUAAGAGAUAAAUUGCAUCUCCUUAAACCCUUGAUGAAGUAUAUGGUACCUCUAUGUGUGGUCUACAUAGCGGAGUACUUCAUAAACCAAGGGUUGUAUGAAUUGCUGUACUUUAAUGACAUCUGGCUGUCUGAAAAGGAACAAUACAGAUGGUAUCAAGUGGACUACCAGUUAGGAGUCUUUAUCUCAAGGUCAUCAGUCAAUGUGUUCAAAAUCAACAAGCUUUGGAUAUUACCUGUUUUACAGGUUGCCAAUGUAGCAAUACUCACAACACAAGUCUUUCUAAGAUUCAUCCCUAACAUUUGGAUCAUUUUUGUGAUUGUUCUAUUUGAGGGACUACUUGGAGGAGCUGCAUUCGUCAACACUUUCUACAAAAUUUCAGAAGAUAUUGAAGCAGAAUACAAGGAGUUCAGCCUCUCAGCAGCCACAAUAGCAGACUCUUUUGGAAUCACCUUAGCCGGCGCUAUUUCUAUUCCAACUCAUAACCAUAUAUGUUCUCUCAAUCUUAAAAUGUGAAUACCCACAAAAACCAGUAUUUACAUACAUUGUCAUGCUGUAUGUCUUUUUAUUUGCUGUUGAAAUCAUGAAAAUAUUGCAAACAAAUUAUUAUGCUUCAAAUCUUAUGUGGACAAGGUAUGGUAACUGCUGAAUCUGGCCCCUUAUUUGAUAUAAAAAUCAGAUCAGAGUUAAAACUGUGAUCAUUUGUAGUUAAGAACUUAAAUUGAUGUUUGUUUUAAAACCAGACAUAAAUUUGAUUUAAAGCACACAUAGAGGUCACAAGAGGGUGCAAAAAUAGGACGUUUCCCGAUUUUCCUCAAUUCUGGCAAUUUUGUCAAAUUUGAGAUACUUUUCACUUCGGAAAACAUAGAGCACAAGCUUGCCUAUCUGAGAUUUAUACACACAAGAUAUAUCUGAUACUAGUAUAUGAAAUAUAUAAAGUUGGUAGAUAGGCAAGCUUGUGUUGUAUGUUUACUGAAAGAAGAUAUGCCAUGUGGCAAUGCACUUUGAAAAAUUUUUUCAAAGUUAAAAUUAACUUUGAAAAAAUAUUCCAAAGUGCAUUAAGAAUGUACAUAAAUAUUUUUGCCAUGGGGACUUUUAACGCACUUUGAGAAAAAUAUGUAUAAAACAGAAAUUCUAUUCUUAGAUUUUACCAUCUUCCCAAGUCAAGGGUUUCUGAUCCGCUCCGCUCCACAUAUGAGAACUUAGUAAUUGAGAGAAACAUUUUAUAUUAAUUUUUUCUUUCUAAAAAUGUUUUAAUUUAUAUGUACUCAUUUAACCUCAUUGGGAACAAGGAGAAGACGACUAGAAGGUCUCUCAGCCCAACUGUUUUUCUUAUAGUCCAGGGCUCCCACUGGACCGAAAAUAUUUUUCGCCACUUUUCGCGACAAAAGGAAAGGCACACUUACAUCUGAUUUCUCGACAAUGCAAUGCAUUUUAUGUCAUUCAAUUUUUUUUUUUAUUAUUAUUUUAUCCAACACAGACAUUGUUUUAAAAUUGUAAUGUUUAAAGCUUUAAUUAUGGUAGUAUCCAUUUAGAAAAAAAGGGAAAAAAAAUUAUGGUGGAAUUAUACAAUUAAUUUGAUAUUGAAUAUCAGCCAACUCUUCACAGAAAAUGUCCUCUUGUUUAUAGUUUAUUUUUUCGCCUGGGAAGGGAGGGGUGUAUACAUUGAAUAAACAAAGGAGCUAACCAGGAAUACACAAAUUUUGUACAUGGUACAUCUAAAAAAAUUCAUUUUCGCCACUUAUGAAUAUCUUUUCGCCACUUUUGAAAAAAAAUUCGCAAUUGGCGACAAUGGCGAAUCACAGCUCGAGCCCUACUUAUACGUUGUUCAUAGCCGUCGGUAGAAAAUUGAAAGUGGACCCCCCAUCAAAGGUAAUUUCCAUUUUCUAAUGCUUAUGUAUCUAUGCAAAACAUUUGUGUUGCUAAGACCCCUUCCUGGUACCGAUGCCUAUGCUACACCCAAAUAUUAUGUAUUUGCAUAACUGGUAUGACGAAAACUUUCAAUAAAUUUUUAGUUUGCAUAUAAAAUGCAUGCAUACUGGAAAAAUUAAGUAGAGUAAAACAUUUAAGAGAGAAAGAAUUUUCAAAGUAUGGAAGAAUCAAAAUCGCUCACUUUCACAUCCUUAAGUGACCUCAUCACCAAAGAGUUAUCAAACAGGUUCAAUUAUUCAUCAUACCUAAGAUUUGCAAGAAUAUUGACCAAGCCAUACAUAUUUUUUCAAAGUGCGUUAAUAUGGUCAUUAUUAACACACUUUGAAAAGAAAUUUUAUUUUUUCAAUGUGCAUUGAUGUUGUCCCAAAUUUAACGCACUUUGAAAAAUUUUUCAAAGUGCGUAAUUUUUCAAAGUGCGUUGUAACAAUGCUAUUAAUUGAUUUGAUUAAAUUUGGAAAAACAUGAAAAAUUUGGAAAUUGACCUAUUUUCUGACCUUCCUGUGACCUAUGUGUAUCCCAUAACUUAGAGCCAAUACAAUUUUUAUGGCAUGAGUGAUCAGUGGUUUUUAAUUUAUAUACUGUUGCAUCAUUCUAAAAGACACAUCAAACAGGGGAAAAAGGAUCUUAUCCUAUUUUGUCAAUUAUUAAAAUAUAUGAGAUUACUAGUCUUCCUAUUGUAGCAGAUAUUUGAUGUUUAUUUGUUUUUUUUUUUAUUUCCAGGCAUUGUUAACUUGAACCUUCCUUUGAAAGGGAGGCACUUUACUUUAAUCAUGUUAUUAGUUUUAUGUCUGUUCAUCAUGUUCAUAGCACUUUUGUUCUAAUUUGCUUACUUAAAAUUGUUUCAAUUUUACACUUUCAGGCUCUGUAUAGAAAUACAAAAUUAAUUUUCUAAUAUGUUUGUUUAAUGUACCUCCAUUUGUCUGUCUAUGAACAGUUUUUAAUUGUGACACUGUUAUUCAGUUCCCUGAGCUUGUUACCUUUUCAAUUUAUUUCACUUAGAGUUUGGUUGUUAAGAUUACCAUUAAGGCAGGAUUCUUCUCUGGUUUCUGACUGGAUGAAAUAUUCAAAAUAUAUUUGCUUACAUGUCAUAUAUUUAGGUGUAAGAGAUUUAAAAGACCGUAUUUUUCUUUCCUCAACACAA